AUGAAAUUUGAUUCAUUUAAGGUAUCUGAGUUGGCACCGUGUGGUUCACUUCUGGAAUGUCUUCAGAAGCCAGCACUGCGUGAUUCGUUCUUCGUAGAUACUUUGUGUGACUUUGCUGAGCAAAUAGCCGCAGGUAUGGAGUAUUUGUCGAAUGAACGGUUGAUACAUCGCGAUUUGGCGGCCAGAAAUGUGCUUGUAUUUUCGGCUGAUAAGGUUAAAAUCUCGGAUUUUGGUUUGAGUCGAUCACUGGGAAUGGGCGAAGACUAUUAUCGAAGUGAGUUUAGUGAUGGUUUAAGAUUACCAAUCGCGUGGUGUGCACCGGAAUCGAUAAAUUUCUUGAAGUUCACAACAGCCAGUGAUGUAUGGUCGUAUGCGGUGACACUCUUCGAGAUGUUCUCUUAUGGACAAAUGCCUUGGGAGGGUUGCACAGGCGCAGAGGUCUGCUUUUGUUGUUUUAAUGAUAGCGUUUUGAUGGUUAUUUGCCUGAUCACUUUUAAUGCUUUCAUUAGUGAGAAAGACAUUAUUUUUGCGGUUUAUUCUAAUAUAAUUGAAGUGAUGAUCAUUUCGGUUGUGUUGCAUUCAUCAACAAUUCUUUAA